GCAUUUGCCCUUGACGGUCGACUGGGCAACCACCCGGCCAUGGCGCAAAUCCGAGUGAAGGACGAUGCGCGACCAGUAGCAGUUCCCAUGUACGGCACAUCCCCUGCAAAAAAGGCGGUUAUCGAUGAGCAACUCGACAAGUGGUUCGAGCAGGAGGUGAUCGAGGAAUCGCGCAGCCCCUGGAGCGCGCCGGUGGUCAUCGCUUACCGAAAUGGAAAACCGCGGUUU